AUGAAGGAAGCUGUCGUCAACAAGGAGGUCAAAGUCGAGAUCAAGGACGUCGCCGUCCCAAAGCCCGGCCCAGACGAGGUUCUGAUCAAGGUCGUCGUUGCAGGAACCAACCCCAAGGACUGGAAAAUGCCAAGCUGGUCGCCGACGAGCAACAGCACUAAUACGGGCGAUGAUAUCGCCGGCACAGUCGAGGCCGUUGGCGACAAUGUCUUUGGCUUCACUAAGGGCGACCGGGUCGCUGCAUUCCACGUUAUGAUGACUCCGCAUGGCGCCUUUGCCGAGUACGCCGUUGCGCCCGCGAAUACCGUCUUUGCCCUGCCGUCGGCCGUCUCUUACGAGGAGGCCGCCACCAUUCCGCUAGCUGCGUAUACGUCCGCCGUCGCGCUGUUUAAUCGACUCGAGUUCCCCUCGCCGUGGGACGCCAAGUCCAAGCGGGACAGCGACGGGAAGCGGCCUGUUAUUAUUUAUGGCGCGUCGACCGCGAUUGGCGCGUUUGCCAUUAAGCUCGCGCAGGCGGCGAACAUUCACCCCAUCAUUGCCGUCGGUAGCAAGAACAGCGGUUUUAUCGUGCCGUUUUUGAAUUCAGGCAAGGGUGACCGGAUCGUGGACUACACGGCAUACAAGACGUCCGACGAGCUGGUCGCCGCGCUGAAGGAUGCCAUCAAGGAAGCUGGUGUCGAGAAUGGUCGCGUGUACGACGUGUUCGACUGCGUUUCGGAGAAUGGGACGUAUGUCACGCUGAGCAAGGUCAUUGCUGGUCCGCCGGACGCCAACGGCAGGAAGCCGAGGAUCACGCACGUGUUGCCCGUAGAUGAGAGCACGACGGAUUCGAGCGUGGAGUUUGUUGGGAUGACGGUUGCUCAUGUGCACAAGGAGCCGUUGUUUGGCAAGGUCUGGUCGGCUGCUUUCGCGAGCGGGCUGAGUGAAGGAUGGCUUACAGCGCACCCGCAUGAGGUUGUGAAGGGAGGUCUUGGAGGUUUGGAGGGGGCUUUGAACGGGCUGAAGGACGGGACGGUCAGAGCCAAGAAGAUGGUGAUUCGGGUUGGUGAGACUGAGAGUGUUGCGCAGUAG